AUGAUGGAUAAGUUGGAUCUCGAUCAGUUGCCGUACUACGACCCACGGGUCGAAAGGAAGGUAGCGCUGGUUACCGGGGGGAACAGCGGGAUUGGAUGGUAUACGGUGUUGCAUCUGUACAUGCACGGAUUUAUCGUAUACGUGGGCGGACGAAACAGCUCGCGUGUGCAUAAGGCUAUCAAGGAAAUCAAGCAGGAGGCAGAGAACCGGCUGGAAACGGCGCGGCAGGACCCGCACGACGAGCUGGAGCGCUGCCUGGGCGAGCUGCGGUACCUGCCUAUCGACCUCACGGACCUGCGGUCGGUCGAGAAGGCGGCCAAAAAAUUUCGUGCGCAGGAGAGCACGCUCGACGUGCUCAUCAACAACGCAGGCGUGAUGGCGCUGCCUUACGAGCUGACGCACGACGGCUUCGAGGUGCAGAUGCAGACCAACUACGUCUCGCACUUCCUGCUGACCAUGCGCCUGCUGCCGUACGUGAAGCGCAGCGGCGGCCGCGUGGUCACGCUGUCGUCCAUCGGCCACAAGAUCCAGUUCACGUACUGCCCGCUGGACUGCCACUUCGACUACCGCCCCAACAUCUUCUUCACGUGGCUGCGCUACGCCAUGGCCAAGACGGCGGCCAUCCAGUUCACGAAAAUGCUCGCCAUCAAGCACCCCGACGUCAUGUGCAUCGCCGUACACCCCGGCCUUGUCAUGAACACCAACCUCUUCAGCUACUGGACCCGCCUGCCCAUCGUCGGCAUUAUUUUCUGGAUCUUCUUCCAGAUCGUGGGCUUCUGCUUCGGCGUGUCCAACGAGGAGGGCUCCAUCGGCACCCUCAAGAGCGCGCUUUCCCCGGCCCUCACCCUGGAGCGCGACAACGGCAAGUACUUCACCACCGGUGGUGUAGAGUCCCGCCCGAGCUCCGUGGCGAACAAUCUGGACAAUGCCGCUUCCACCUGGAUUUGGACUGUUCACCAGCUCCGAGACCGGGGCUAUGAGAUUUAA